AUGGCUUCAGUAUCUUCGUUCCCCACCAUCAAGCACGUGCGCUCAUUCAUCAUUCAGGGUGUUGGUUCUGGAGGCGACUAUCACAAUGUGAAAGGUGGUCACUGGCUCGUGGACAGCUCGAUAUCGACACCAAUGGCAAAAUGGGAACAGUAUCGUGCAUCGAGAACCAGCUGGGGUAUCAAUGUUUUGGGUUCGUUCUGUGUCGAGAUUGAGUCGAGUGAUGGAACCAAGGGAUUUGCUACUGGAUUCGGAGGACCACCAGCAUGCUGGCUUGUUCACCAGCACUUUGAGCGCUUUUUAAUCGGAAGCGACCCCCGUGAUAUCAACGAUAUGUUCGAGAAAAUGUACCGCGGCUCCAUGUUCUACGGUCGUAAGGGUAUCGCAACUGCUGUCAUAUCUGUCAUUGAUUUGGCCUUGUGGGAUCUUUUGGGUAAAAUUCGCAAAGAGCCAGUUUACAAAAUGAUUGGCGGUGCCACUCGCAAGAGACUACACUUUUACUGCACUGGACCUCAACCCGCAAUUGCAAAGGAAGCCGGGUUCAUUGGCGCCAAGGUUGCUCUUCCUUACGGACCAGAUGAAGGUAUCGAUGGUUUGAAACGAAAUAUUGAGUACCUUCGCAAACAUCGGGAAGCUGUUGGCCCUGAUUUUCCUCUCCGCGUGGACUGCUACAUGUCGUUGAACGUACCCUACACGAUCGAGCUCGUCAAGCGCGCCGAGGCAGAGGGAUUGCACAUUGACUGGUGGGAGGAGUGCCUUAGCCCCGACGACUUUGACGGCCACGCUCUUCUUAAGCAAGCUCACCCAACUGUCAAAUUCACCACUGGCGAACACGAAUACUCCAGAUACGGAUUUAGAAAGUUGAUCGAGGGACGCAACUUGGACAUCAUCCAGCCCGACGUCAUGUGGCUCGGUGGUCUUACUGAGUUGCUCAAAGUCUCUGCCAUGGCAGCUGCCUACGAUAUCCCCGUCGUUCCCCACGCCUCCGGAUCCUACUCCUACCACUUCGUCGUAUCUCAACCCAACACCCCUUUCCAAGAAUAUCUCGCCAAUUCCCCUGAUGGCAAGACUGUGGAACCUGUGUUUGGAAACCUGUUUUUGAAUGAACCCAUCCCGACCAAGGGUUAUCUUGACCUCACUGAACUUGACAAGCCCGGUUUUGGUCUUGAGUUGAACCCAGCUGCUCCGUUGAUUCCUGCCUCCGCGCUUCUCAACCCUGCGCCCGCGAAGAGUCUGCCAGCACCGACCGCGGAGGAGCCAUCUCAAGAGCAGGCCAACGGCAAUUAA